UCCGCGGCACGCACACGUGCGCUCUCGAAUCAAUCUCGCCCAGUUUACACUCGCGAUGCCCAUGGCGGCGAUUCACGCUUAUCAAAAUCUCGGUGUCAAUCAGAAGCUUACGCAGCUUCAAUCUCCGGCACCUCGGCGACUCGCACCUGCUCCCGUCGACCCUAAUCGCUGCAAGAAGCGGUCCUACCUUCAUCAACCUUAUCAGACCCAACCUGCCUCUGUCGCUCGAAGAAAUGCCCGCGAAAGAAAUAGAGUGAAGCAAGUUAACAACGGAUUUGCGGCUCUUCGGCAACACAUUCCAUCGGCUGUGUCGGCUGCUCUUGCUGGUGGCAGAGGAGCUUCGAGGAAACUCAGUAAAGUCGAUACUUUGAGACUGGCUGUGGAAUAUAUCAAGAGCUUGAAGCGUUUACUUGAGGAAGGUGAAGAAGGAUGCACGGACAGUCAAAUGAGUUUAGGACUAACUCCAAAUGGACCUCAAACACCCCCAUCUUCAGAAGAGUCACAUUCUCCGGCGCCGUCCCUGGUAUCGGAGAGCUCUGUGGGCCCGAGCUGUCACGACGCGUACGACUCCUACGAGCCCAUGAGCCCAGAAGAUGAAGAACUCCUUGAUGUCAUAUCCUGGUGGCAGCAACAAUGAUUACAGGAUCGGUGCAUUACGGUGAUCAGACUGCGCUCAAUGAGCGGCUUGGUGAUUGUGAAAAAAUGAGCAUUCGCCUCGAGAGGGACGCGGAGGCUGGAGCGCGAGGGACUCGCAGACCCUCUAAUUAACCGCAAUCAGUAUAUUCCUAAUGAACGGGGAUAAUGGUGGACUAUAACGACCCCAUCGAUGCAUUCCACCGAGCGAGCGAACAUCGACGAAUACUCAAGCGCAUUUCAUACGUCGACGAGAUAGCUGCUAAGACUGAAACGUUAUUCAUUGUUCCAUAAAAGCAUUUAUUGUCUUAAGUGAUACGAAAUAUCGCUGUGCCUUAGUUAAGCCUUACACUACUGUAGCUUCCAAUAAGGCGUAGUUUAUGAAAUAGAUUUUAUUAUUGUUAUCUAGUCAUUAUUUUUAAGAUAGUCUUAUUUGAAACAUUUGAUAUUAGAAUGAGGGAGAUUUUCAUCACAUUUGUAACAUUUAGGCUUCGUUUCGCCUGUUUCGUAUAUGCCAGUUGAAAUAAUUUUAGACUUUUAGUAAUACAAAUAUCAAUUUGUACAAGAAAACAUGUUGAGACAAAGACUUUUACUGUAUAUAGAUAAGUUA